AUGGAUCCAAUUUUUUCUGCUGUUUCCAGCAACGUCCACCAACUUUAUACCUUACUUCAAUGCAUUGGGUUUUCCCCAAGAGCCACCGUUCAAAUAACACCAGACGGGAUCCGGGUCUCCGUCGAAGAAGGCAGGGUGGUACAAGCAUUGGCAUUCCUUGACAAGGCUCUUUUCACCAGCUACACCUUCAGAGCACCACAUGGGACAAUCGCCGAUAAUACAGGCCACAGUUCAGAGGGAAACGACAACGAUGGAGACGCGUACCCUCACUUCGUUAUCUCACUCUCUGCUCUCUUGGAAACGUUGAAGAUAUUCGGCAUAAACGACCCUUCUUCUACGGCCCAGUCUAGAUCGACGACCAGUAGCAUGCAGCAACCUACUUCAUCUGCCUCCAACGCCUUCACUGCUCCCUCUCUCCUCCUGGAUCGUUCUUGCACCCUGCAAUACCUCCAACCCGGUUCUCCACUCAGUAUCACCCUCUCUGAGACAGGAGUAAAGACCACCUGCGAACUAACCACGUACGAACCUGAAGAAGAUGAAGCCGAUAUCCCCCUCCAGCGAGACGCAAUUGUCAUGAAGAUCAUCAUGCGAUCCGCCUGGCUCCACAACGCCAUCAGCGAACUCGCUUCCACGAACCCUACCAUCCUCAAAAUCUCAGCCUCUGCGAAACGGGAACCUUUCUUCGCCCUCUCCGGCUCCGGCGGUCCUUUCAGCGAAUCCACCGUGGAAUUUUCCAUCGAUGAACAACAACAGCCCCAAAAUGGCCAUGUCCCACCAACAACGCAGACCGGUCACUCCCGCUCGAAAAGGACUAAGAUGGCCCCUACGGUCACGGAGACUUUCCUAGUUAAUCCCCCAUCUUCCGUCGGAAAUAGGAUCAAGCAGGACUACCGAUUCGCCCUGAUUCGCAAGGCUGCCCGUGCUAUGGCCGUCGCGAAUAAGGUUAGUAUUCGUGGUGACAGGCAAGGCGUGCUUAGUCUUCAAUUCAUGAUUGAAUUUGGUGACGAUGCUAGUAGUGGAAUGAGUGCUGGCGCACGCGCUCCUGGGGCAGCCUUAGGUAGUACUGUAAGCUUUGUUGAUUUCCGAUUCGUACCAUUACUUGAUGACGAUGAGGUCGAAAACGAUCAAGCAGAUGAAGAGGAAGAGGAUUAG